AUGAUUCAUGAUGAUGAUAAUGAUGAUGAUGGUGAUGAUAUUUGGUAUGGCAACCGAUCGCUUCAUCUUCAACUAUUAAUGUUAUUUCUUUACAUGUGCAAAUUUAAUGCUUUAACUAUUGAUGAUAUCAAUAAUAAUGAUAUGAUGAAUGAAUGGAAAUAUAAUACGCAUUGCUCAUGGCAUUCAAGUGGUGGAAUUGAUGAUAAAAUGAUUCAAAAGGUAAAUUUAUCAUGUAGCAGUGGUUAUUUUCAAUGGAAUGAUCCAAUUGGUGGAAUGCAUAUUCGAUUCUUAAUGAAAGAUUUAAGUGGAAAAAGAACUUGUCUUCGAAUUCGUUUUAUUCCGGCCCAUAAAAUAUUAUAUCAUAUAUCGGAUGGAAGCAAUCGUCGUUUAUUGAAUGUAGCGAAAGAAUUUCAAAAAUGUAUGAAUAUUAAAAUAGACAUAUUACUUUUUAUUGAAACUUAUAAAAUGCGAAUUUGGAAAAAACGAAUUGCUGGUUUCCGGUAUGAAAUUUUACCGGAAUCAUUGAUUGCUAAUGAAAAAUCAUCAUGUAGCAUUUGCUCAACCAUCGAUAUUAUGAAUGCAUUUUGUAAUUAUGCUGAUUUUGGUCAUCAAAACAAUGCAAAUGACCAUAUACUAAUUGAUAAAAUAUUACGAAGGCCAUUGCAUUAUCAGCAAAUUAUCGAAAGAACAAAUAAUCAGAGCAUUUUGAAAGCUCCAGCUAUUGGCUGUUUAGACAAAAAAGAUCAGAUUAGUCGAAUUUACAUCAGCAAAAUGGAAUUCGAUGUGGUACAUAUCAUUUGUUCACCAACAAUUCCCCAUUAUGUGCAAAUUGCUCGGGAACAAUCUGAAAAUGCGCCCUGUCAAUUGUUGUAA